AUGCCAAGCCAGCAGAAGAAAGUCAUUUUUUGCACGGCUGGGGCGUUGAGCUUCAUGUGUGCCCUUGGCGUGGUGACGGCGCUGGGGACGCCGUUUUGGAUCAAGGCCACCUUCUUCUGCAAGACGGGGGCCCUGCUAGUCAACGCCUCGGGGCAGGAGCUGCACAAGUUCAUGGGCGAGAUGCAGUACGGGCUUUUCCACGGGGAAGGCGUGAGGCAGUGCGGACUGGGAGCCAGGCCCUUCCGGUUCCAAUUUUUCCCAGACCUGCUCCAAGCGAUCCCCGUGAGCAUGCACGUGAAUGUCAUCCUCUUCUCCAUCAUCCUGUCCCUCGCCACCAUGCUGGGCACGGCCUUCUUCAUGUACAACGCCUUCGGCAAGCCCUUCGAAGCUCUGCACGGCCCGCUGGGGCUGUAUCUUCUGAGCUUCAUUUCAGGCUCCUGCGGCUGCCUCGUCAUGGUGCUGUUUGCCUCGGAAGUCAAGAUGCACCGCCUGUCGGAGAAAAUCGCGAACCACCAAGAAGGGACGUACGCCUACAGGACGCAGAGCGAGAGGUACAGCGCCUCGUUCUGGGUGGUGUUCAUCUGCUUUUCCGUCCACUGCCUGAACGGGCUGCUCGUGCGACUUGCUGGGUUCCAGUUCCCCUUCGCCAAGGCGAAGCACACGGAGCCGGCCACCGUGGCGGCGGACCUGAUGUACUGA